GUGAGGGGCUGAGGCGGGCGGCAGCGGCGGGCACCAUGGGGCUGAGCGCGGAGGAUGCGGCGGAGCAGGAGGACCGCUUUGACGGCAUGCUGCUCGCCAUGGCACAGCAGCACCACGGCGGCGUGCGCGAGCUUGUGAACACGUUCUUUAGUUUCCUGAGGCGUAAAACGGAUUUCUUCACCGGAGGAGAAGAUGGAGUAGCAGAGAAGCUGAUCACAGACACCUUCAACCAUCACAACAAACUGGCUCAGAAGGAACGGAAGGAGAAGAAGGCUCGUCAGGAGGCAGAGCGGCGCGAAAAGUCGGAGCGAGCUGCAAAGCUUGCUAAGGAAAAGCAAGAAGCGAACGAGCCAAGGAUUAAGGAACUUACGGAUGAGGAAGCAGAAAGGCUGCAGCUGGAAAUCAACCAGAAGAAGGAAGCACAAGGACAGGUUAACAGUGUCCCAGUGAAACCCUCGGAGGAAGAAGGGGAAUCUUCAGAUUCUAACAAACAGGAAACAGAUGAUGAAGAGGAAGAUGAGAAGGACAAAGGAAAACUUAAACCCAAUUCUGGCAAUGGAGCUGACCUUCCAAAUUACAGAUGGACACAGACCCUUUCAGAACUUGAUCUGGCCAUCCCUUUCAAGGUGAACUUCAGGUUGAAGGGGAAGGACAUGGUGGUGGAUAUCCAGAGACGGCGCCUCAAAGUUGGCCUGAAGGGCCAUUCGCCUGUCAUCGAUGGAGAGCUUUUCAACGAAGUGAAGGUGGAGGAGAGUUCCUGGCUGAUUGAAGAUGGCAAAACAGUCACUGUGCACCUGGAGAAGAUCAACAAGAUGGAAUGGUGGAACAAACUCGUCUCCACAGACCCAGAAAUCAACACCAAGAAGAUUAAUCCAGAGAACUCAAAGUUGUCAGACCUGGACAGUGAAACUCGCAGUAUGGUGGAGAAGAUGAUGUAUGAUCAGCGACAGAAAUCCAUGGGCCUCCCCACAUCUGAUGAACAGAAGAAGCAAGACAUCUUGAAAAAGUUCAUGGAACAGCAUCCAGAAAUGGACUUUUCAAAAGCUAAAUUCAACUGAGCCCUCCCCUUCUCCCCCCUCUUUCAGUCAGCCUAUUGAAUGGGGCAGGAUACGUAUCGCUGGACAUCCCUUACCUUGGGCGAGUAGACACUUGAGCAUCCCCACCCGAGCUUGCAGCGGAGGCAGCUUCACAAAGUCAUCCUCAGUUGUCCUGUGUUGAGCAGAAUACAAGGCUGCAGCAGCUCCAAUUGAAACCAUCUGAGACACUUCCCAAAGGGCAGUUAAGAGAGAAGGAGGGGAUAGAGCCAAAAGGGAGUCAGAGCAACAG